AUGUCUCGAGUGGGACUCCCAUUAACUCCAAGAACAGUUCGUAGAAGCGUUUUCCGAUUUAGUCAAGAAGCAAAUAUCGGCCACAAAUUGAACAAUGAGAAGGAACUUGCUGGAUUUACUUGGUACAAGUCGUUUCUAAAGAGGCACCCAAACAUCGCCAAGAGGAAGCCGCAGAUGAUGAACAUCGCUAGAGCUCAAAAACUGAACCCAACCAUCGUACAUGAUGAUGAAAAGGGUUGCAGAUUAACUUUGCACCAUGCUCACAAGGUUUUAGCAGAAAAGGGAGAACGCCGAAUUCAUUUACUAGCCAAUGAACAUGCUGAAAACGUGACAGUAGUAGCUUGUGUCAACGCACUGGGACGAGCGGUACCACCAAUGAUUAUUUUCAAAGAUUUAAGAAAAAAGGAUACCUAUUCAGACAACCUUCCCCCUGGUUCCACUGUUCAAAUUUCUGCAAAAGGGAACAUGAUUAGGGAGUUAUUUAUUGUUUGGCUACAACAUUUUGCAAAAUUCAAGCCAGCAAGAAGAGUUCUUUUAGUCAUUGAUGGUGCUUCCUGUCACCUAGAUAUCUCCAUUGUUGAAGAAGCGGAAAAGUUUGAUGUGUCCUUGUACUGCUUACCAUCAAAUACAACCCACGAAUUGCAACCACUAGACUACGCUGUUUUUCGAUCCUUUGAACAUUAUUGGGACACCGAACUGCUGAAUUACUGGGAAGCAACAAAUGUUCCUUGCCGAACUCUAAAGAAGGAUAGAUUCGGGAUUGUCUUCAAUAAAGUGUGGCAACAACGUAUGUUAAUUUCAAACAUCCAAAAUGGUUUUCGAGCAACAGGGAUAUACCCAUUCAACCCAUCAGUCAUCCCAGAAAAUGCUUUUAGUCGAUCACUUCUUACACACAAACAGCAAGAAACUGAAGCAGAACCAAAAAAAUCUGAUGAUGAAGACGAUAUCCCACUGAUUCAUUUUAAGCAAAAAGGAGGCCCGAUUUCUACAGGUAAAUCAUCACAUCAACCUAGUCCCAGUUGUUCCUCAUGGACCAAUGCCAACAAGGAAACCGAUUCUGCUACACCAAAGAUAAAGAUACUUAAUGUCAUAACUGUGAAACAACCUAACCGGGAUAACGCUGCUGUACCGAAGAAAAGUCCAAAGAAAAAAUCAUUUGCUGACAUUUUAAAGACGCCAGACUUUUCAACUGCUAAGCAGACGAAAAAUCCUCGAAGAAAAGCAGUCAAUUAUAAGGCCCAGCUAUUAAAAACAGAUUUAUUUAGAAAGGGGACAAAUCCGCCAAUUGAAGAGAAACAAAAUAAGAACGAUGAAGAAGCUUGGUAUUGUUUUUUAUGCGACGAGGACUGCAAACGAGACAUGCGGCGUUGUAUUCGGUAUAAUACCUGGGUACAUGAAGUUUGUGGGGGACUAGUGCUAGAAGAUACCGAAGACUAUGUGUGCCCUAAAUGUGCUUAA